AUGGCUACAGCUCUGUUCAGAAAGUCAGUAGCUACGAUAGCGCGUCGAGGGAGUCCCUUCAAUGCCGCCAAAACAGCUGCUUCGGCAAGCACGAGCUUUGUCCGCGGCAAAGCUACGUUACCAGACCUGCCCUAUGAUUACGCCGCUCUCGAACCAUCUAUUUCCGGCAAGAUCAUGCAACUGCAUCACGACAAUCACCAUAAAACCUACGUAAAUUCAUACAACCAAGCAGUUGAGAAAUUCUUGGAUGCGGAAUCUAAAGACGACAUUGCAGCCAAGAUUUCCCUCCAACCAUUGAUCAAUUUUCACGGCGGAGGUCAUAUCAACCAUUCACUGUUCUGGGAGAAUCUUGCGCCAAAGCAAUCUGGUGGAGGGGAGCCACCAUCCGGGUCUCUCGCCAAAGCCAUUGACGAGACAUAUGGUAGUCUAGACGAGAUGAAGAAGAAGUUCAACACAGCUCUAGCCGGAAUUCAAGGCAGUGGAUUAUACUUCUAUCAUAUUUGUUUGACACAUUCCACCACGCUCGAAGACUUCCUCGAAGACUCCCUCGAAGACUCCCUCGAAGACUCCCUCGUGUGUGAUGGAGGUAUGCUGAUGAUGAUUGAACAGAACCAAGACCCUGUUGUCGGCCAGUACAAGCCUCUCCUGGGCAUUGAUGCUUGGGAACAUGCAUACUACCUGCAGUAUCAAAAUCGCAAGGCUGAAUACUUCGCUGCUGUUUGGGACGUUGUCAACUGGAAAGCGGCAGAGAAACGCUUCCACUAA